CCAAUAGUAAGUGAGUAAUGAAUGUAUAAAAUAGUUGACGAAUGCAUUGAAAGUGUGUUUAAAAUAACGUUUUGUUUACAAUUGAAUGCAAAUAAAGGAUUGAAUGAAUGGUUUGAUUGCAUUUAAAGUGUCAUUCAAUUGAGGGAUACAUCGCUUCCAAGACAUGAAGACCAGACAUAAGACACAAAUAAUGCCCAAAAAGUGCAAAUCGAUGCGAAAACGGCGACAACUCUUACAAAAUGAGAUCAAAGACAUGGUUUACAACUCGUUGAAGACGAACGACAAUAACCGGGAAUUAGUGGAAAGAAAUGCCACUCUUUUGGCAGAAAUCGAGACUUUGAAGAGAGAGAACUUAACUAACUUUCAGUCGCUUUUGUUUGCGAAUAACAGUCAACACAAACACUACACUAAUACGGUUAGAAGCGAUUUGAUGUCAGUGUUGGACACAUUGAGAAACGAUCGCAAAAAUAUGAUUGAUUUGUUUCAA